UCAAAUAGAGUAUUAGAGUGAUUAAAAAGGCAUCUUAAAAAGCAAAAUUAUGAAAUGGCAACAAUGUAAUAUGACAUGCUUCGAAACGUCAAAAUCUAGAAAAGAAAAACAAAUAAAACAGAUGGAAUUAUACUCGAAGAGGAGAAAAGAAACUACAAUAAAAAAGGUGUAGGGUAUCGAAAUCUUAUUUGUUGACAAAGCAAAUUUAAUUAAUUUAAAACGAAAUUGUGCAAACGUAAUAGAGAAGGCAACAGAUUCCAGAUAACUUGUACGUAGCUCUGCUUCGUUCGUAUUUCAAGGCGUAAAAAUGCCUGUGAAUAACACCAGUUCAAAUUUCAAGACUUUUAAAGUUGUGCUACUUGGUGAAGGUUGUGUUGGUAAAACAUCAAUAGUUCUACGUUACGUCGAGGAUAAGUUCAAUCCUCAACAUAUAAGCACACUGCAGGCAUCAUUUCUCACAAAAAAACUCCAUUUAGAGGAUGGCUGCCGAGCACAUCUCAACAUUUGGGAUACUGCUGGUCAAGAACGUUUUCAUGCGCUUGGACCUAUUUACUACCGUGGAUCACAUGGUGCCAUACUCGUCUACGACAUUACCGAUGAAGACUCCUUUCAGAAGGUGAAAAAUUGGGUAAAAGAGCUCAAACGUAUGCUGGGUGCUGAAAUCGUCAUAACAAUCGUGGGCAACAAAACUGACUUGGAGGCACAGCGCAAUGUACCACAAGAUGUUGCAUUGGAUUAUACAGAAAGUGUGGGCGCACACUAUUUCGAGACAUCGGCCAAAGCCAAUGAGGGCAUCGAAGAGUUAUUCACAGCGUUGACACAACUAAUGAUACAGCGCCAUGCCCAACGCGAACAAGAGACUAGUUCAUUACGACUAAUGCAGGGAGGACGUACGUCACAACGUUUGGUAGUUGAGGAUGAUUCACAGGACGGUGAUGAAGAAGGGGGACAACCACCUGCGGCGAAUCGAUCAUGCUGUGGGGCCGGUUAAAAUAGUGUGAGAUGUAAUUGCAUUAAAAACACCCAACCCAAACAAAGGAACGGCAAUUUGUAGAAGAGGAUAGUAGUAGUAUGUAGAAAAAUUUGGCGAAUGGGUGUUUAAAAGCAAAUAUUGAACAUAGUGAACUGAACACGACGAUAUAGACAACGUCAACGCCGAUGCGCCGCCGCUAGAUUAAAUUGUGAUAAACUUAUUAUAACGUGUAAAUUUAAAUAUUUUUUGUAUAAAACGCUUUAAUAUUGUAUUCUUCUCUUAUGAUAUAAUUCCAUUCUACUUCCUUCGAACAAAAAAAAAAAACUACAUAAAUCUAGCGAACUUACUAUCUAUCUACUCAUAUUACAUUUCAGUUUUUUGUUAGUUUUAAAGCCCUAUUAUUUGUUGUUAUAUUAUAAUACAAUUAAAGUUUUCUGCUUUGAAUUGCAGCAAAAAAAUUUUGAAAGACUUAAAAGCACUUGACACUUUUAUUGAAUGAUUCAUGCAAAAGUAUCCAUGCGCUUAUCUCAAUCCUUAUCACGUGUGAAUAUACAUACAUACAUAUGAGCCGUUUAUUUUGAAAGUGGCAUAAGUUACUUUUCGUACCUCUUGUGAUUAAAUGACCAGUUACUUGUAUCUGAACGCGUCGGUUAUUAGUUCAACUUCAUCAACCCAAGGUAGACGGUUUUAUAGUUAGUUUAUUAUGAUGGAGCGAUUUACAGAUGCAUUCGGUAACAAGUAGCCGGUAAUCUAAGAGCAAGAGGUUUAAAGUGACUUAUGCCACUUUCAAAAUAAACGGCUUACAUAUACAUACUUGCGAAUUUUGAGGGCUUGAAAAAUGUCAGUAAUCUGA